GUUCCACACAUUAAACUGCUUCAAUGGAAACCACAACUGACCACAAUUCAUCAACUUCUCCUGACUAUACUGUGCCAAUUAUCAAUGUUCAUGCUGACAACUUCAAAUCCUUAUGGCCAUCCAUACUUCUUGCUAUCAGAGGAUCCACUUUCCUUGCACUCGACACUGAGAUGAGUGGCUUAGGGGACCGAAAAUCUUUAUUAGCCAAAUGUGUCGAAGAGCGAUACAAAGCAAUGAGCAGUGCGGCUCGAUCACGUUCCGUCCUCUCAUUUGGACUCUCCUGCUUCAAGCUGCAACAAGUGGAAACGGUUGAUCAGACUGACAAGAAGAACCGCGGCUCGGAGGAGGAGGUCCACGGAACUAAGAAAGUGAAGGAAUGGAAAUACGUUGUCCAAAACUACGACAUUGCCCUUCUGUGUUUCGAUGAGUAUGUGGUGGAACCACGGUCAAUGCAGUUCCUCAUAGACCAUGGCUUUGAUUUCAACAGACAAUUCUCAAAAGGUUCUCAGUAUUAUCGUGGUAAUGAUAGAGAUCACCAUGAUAUCAGUCGACCGUCAGUAAGGGAUCUUUUCAAUGAAAUUCUUCUCUCCAAUGUGCCGAUAGUCUUACACAACGGCAUCAUUGAUUUGGUAUUCUUGCAUCAGAAUUUCUACUGUGAUCUGCCGCUGAAGUUCAACACUUUCGUCUCAAAUCUAUCUGAAAUGUUUUCAGCUGGAAUCUUUGACACAAAAUAUCUCAUUGAAUAUGUAAUGAGAAUGUCGGCUUCGUAUUUGCUUUAUGUUUUCAAGAAAUGUGUUCGUGAUAACAACAAAAGCAGCAUACACGUUAACGACAGCUUCGUAUCGACAUCUUUCUUCAACUACCAGAACAAAUGUUCCGAUGUGACUUACAGUUAUUUUGGAUGGCAGAAGAGAAACUCUUCAGAUAUAACACAGAAACUCAGCAAGACUGCCUGCGAAAUGUUUGCCGCACAUGGUUGGUGCCGCAGUGGGCGUAAGUGUACGAAAAGUCAUGAUGUGGAUUUGAUCCUGGAUCUUGACGAACACAAUCUGUUGAAGAUCGAGGUGAAAAAGAAGAGGAAGCGUGAGCGGAAACAGAAGAAACGCUUGGCUUCUGUGCUUCUUGCGACAAAAAACAUGGCAUCGGACGAGGAAGACGCAUCACCUGCAAAACACGUGCGGCCAUCUGACGGCGGCAACAGGGAAGGUUUGUCGGAUGCUAGUGACUGUGAUAACGGGAGUUCAAGAGUCUCUGAAGAACUAAGCAACGGCAGUUCAUCGCAUACAAUGGACAUUGAUGACAUGGUAACGACAACAGCAGUGACAACAACAUCAACAACAACGUCAUUGACAUCAACAACAACUACAGCAGCAACAACAACAAGUAACAAUCCACACCAUCAAAUCAACGGUGAACUGGAAGAAAGUCUACAACAUGAUUCCAGACAGUCUUCACCUGAUAUGUUAGAGGAAAUAAAAGCAAUUACCGAUUCUCUCACAAGUAGCGCUGUCCCCAAAGAUGAAAAGCUGGGUAGUUCUCACAGCAUGGAAUCCACAAAAAAUACAAAAUCAGCCCCAUGUGGACAUUCGUCUGGGUUUGACGCUUUCAUGACUGGUUUCAUAUUUUCGGUUGCCGUUGCUAAGUUUGGUGAGGUGGAUGUAAAAGACUGUAAAUUAGUUUUGACCGGUGGUCAGAUCAGACACUGGUUGAAUAAAGUGUUCCUUAGCAACAAGGACGUUCCAUUGUCGGUGUGUAAAAGUAAAUUCUCUCAGUGCUCCAACUUCCACAGAGAUAAAUACCGUUCUCUCAGAUCAAAUUCCAAAACAUAAGCUGUUAAGAACUUUGUAAAUAACUCAAUAUAUCCAGAUCUAGAACUUCUGGAAACAAGGGUGGUGUGUGUGCGUGUGCUUAUGUGUGUAUUUGUGUGUUUGGAUAUUUGUAUAUGUAUUUCUUUUCACUUGCUGGAUCCAGAGGAAGGGGCAGUGCCCAUGGCCUCCCCAAGGGUCUUCCAAACCAGUGAUUUUGAUGCCAGCAAUGUGUUGUUUAAAUUGUUGUACAGCAACACCUGCUUGGCAGACAUGAGCAGGGAAUGAAUUUCAGAGGUCUGACAUUUUAGGAAGGAAGAACUGAGCUUAGUGAUUAGUGCAGGGCCUGGGGAUUUGAACACAAGUGUGAUAAGAAAAGAGAUGAAUGGGUUGGCAGAAGACUCAGCUGCUACACAUGCGAUAGUAAAGGUCAUCUGAGGUCCUCUUUUUUUUUAAACUUGCUGUGUCUGGGGGAAGAAAAAGUGCGCAUAGCUUUUGUGGGUCUGACAUUCUAGGAAAGAACUGAGAUUAGUGAUUAGUGCAGGGCGUUAGGAUUUGAACACAACAAGUGUGAUAAGAAAAGAGAUAAAUGGGAUGGCAGAAGACCCAGUUGCUACACAUGUGAUAGUAAAAGUCAUCUGAUGUCCUCUUUUUAUAAAACUUGCUGUGUCUGGCGGAAAGGGAAGUGCCCAUAUCCUUUGUAGGCCCUCCCCCAGGCCAGUGAGUUUGAUGCUGUUAAUGUUUUGCUUUAAGUGUAAUAGGAGCUCAGGAUCUGCAGGAAAAGAAUACCAGAAGGCUGAUAUCUUGGGAAUGUAAGAUUGGGCUUAGUGAUUAGUGCAGGUACAUCCUGGUGGGAUUGGACACAAGGGUGAUGUGAGGAAGACAGGCUAGUAGGUCAGGAAACCUGAGUAGCUGGAAGUGGCAUGCACCCAGCCAUUUCUGAGGAGCAGUGGCCAUUGUAAUGACAGUAGAAAAGACAGAGAGAGAGAGAGAGAGAGAGAGGACACAGCAUGCUUGAGGGCCUGAAGCUGGAGAAUGUCUGAGUGACUUUAUUCUAAUCAGUCAGGUGACCAUUUUUGGGAUGCAUUCUGGGAUGUCUAUGUGUGCAGUAGCAUCAUCAUCCCAGGUGUGAAAGCAAUACUCCAUUGUGGGGCUAAAGUACCUUCUGACCCCCUGAAGAGACGGGCCAGUCAUUGGGAUGCAGAUCCUAGCUACCUUAACAAUGUACUUUGGCACUGUUAACAUAGAAUGUGUGUCUUUGUUAGUAAUAUGUAUGUGUGUGUUUAUGCAUGCUAUGAUAAUGAGCGUGUGUGCAUGUUUGCAUGGUAUCCAUAUACAUUUGUGUGUGUAGGUUUAUAUAUAUAUAUGUGUGUGUGUGUAUACACACAUAUGUAUGUUUAUAUAUAUAGAUCAGAAUUAAAUUACAAAUAUUUUUAAACAUACUGCUAACUUUUGUUAUUUUUUAAUUGGUUUGUUGUUGUUAUUAUUAUAAAAGAAAACAUUAUUCCACCAAGGUUGAUAUUGUUUUUCAUCCUUUUGGGGUCAAUAAAAUAAGUACCAGUUAUGUACUGGGGUGUAUGUAAUCGACUAGCCCCUUCUCUCAAAAUUUCAGGCCUCAUGCCUGUAAUAGAAUGGAUUAUUAUUAUUAAUAAUAAAGCGAGCUGGCAGAAUUGUUAUCACACUGGACAAAAUAUUUCGUGGUAUCUCUUCUGGCUUCACGUACUGAGUUCAAAUGCCGCUGAGGCCAACUUUGUCUUUUAUCCUUUCAGGGGCGAUAAAGUGAGUACCUGUUGUUUACUGGAGUAUAUGUAAUUGACUCACCUCUCCCAAAAUUUCAGGCCUUGUGCCUAUUGUUGAAAGAACUAUUGCCUCCACCUUCACAAAGGCAGAGGUAUUGUUUUCAGUUGUGUUUGUUUGUUUGUUUGUCUAUGGACAAGAUAUCUCAAGAACUGCUGGAUGGAUUCAGAUGAAACUUUCAGGGAUGUUUGGCCUCGUGACUGGCACAAACUGAUUAGAUUUUGAGAUCAAUCCAGGAUUUGGAUUAUUUUGGGAUCGGACAAAAGUCCUGGAUUAUUUUUCUUGUUUUUUUUUUUAACUUAAUUUUUGAGAGUGGUCAGGUUCAUUUUUAGUAUUCUCGUUUGUGAGAGCAGUUGAGUUUAUUUCAGAUAUUCUCAUUUUAAAAAUCAUCUCCAGCUAAUCAUUGAGAGGAUGUUGGUGUUGCCUUGGCGGAGGUUUGCACUCUCUGAGUGCUCUUGUUAUUAUUAUUAUUAUGAAGGUGGCAAUCUGGCAGAAUCAUUAGAGCACUGAACUAAAUGCUUGCUGACAUUUCUUCUGUCUUUAUGUUCUAAGUUCAAAUUCCACUGAGGUUGAUGUUAUCUUUGUCUUUUUCUUUUUUUUUUUUUGUGGCAGUGUUGGGGGAGCUUAUUAUUGACUAUUAAAUGAAAAGCCAGGCUGAUUUGAUCUCCACAAAUUAUUGUUAAAAGCUCCUUUUGUCCACUUUAAUUUUGGUCACUUACAUCUUUCUGGGAUCUACAAAAUACUCAUCACCUACAGGCUGUUGUUCCGUAUAAACUCAGAGCAUAACAGCAGAUGAAAUGCCCACUAAGCAUUUCACCUGGUGUGCUAACAAUUCUGCCAGCUUACUGCCUUAAAGCUAUGAGAUAAUGCAUGAUUAAUUAAAUGCAAUGUGAAUAAAAAAGCAUUACAUUUUACAAGAAUUUGAAUGCUAAAGGGUUAAAACUGCUCUUAACAGUUGAGUGUCAGUUCCAUCUCAUUUGGAUUCCAGUUUUUUGGUAAGUAUCCAGGCUGUUGUUCCAUAUAAAAGGACUGAUUGUACUGUUGCAUAGAAAAAAUUCCUCUUAAGGUUGUCUGGCAAGGUUGGUUGAGCAAUAAAAAUGAAUAAGAAGGACAAAGUUUGCAUAAUGAUUGAUGACAAUUAUUUAUUGUUUAAACACAAGGAACAACAAAAAAAAAAAAAUAAGAAACGAUUAACGUAAAAAAAAGUAACAGAGAAGAAAACAAGCUAAAAAAAAAACAGUGUAUGUAACAAUUUUUACGAUGGUUGGAUAUCGUGCACAAACAGAAAUUAUUCACAGAUGAAGAAUGUUUGAAGAGGUUUUAAAGGGAGAUAAACUAGGUUUCAUUAGGAUGACCUUUUCUUUUUCUCUGUUGAGAAGAGAGAGAGACAAAAUCAUUAGAAAUAUUCUCGUUUCUUUUUUUAUAGAUUAAAAAACAAU